GUGCAGCAGCAGCAGCAGCAGCAGCAGCAGCAGCAGCAGCAAACGGCGCAGCAAACGGCGCAGCAGACGGGCAAAGCGCAGCAGGUGAUCCAGCACCACCCGUCACCGCGGCAGCACAAAAACGACCCCUACGGAGGCGGUCACCUGCGGGAAGCCCCCUCCCCCUCAUGCUGCCUUCCCACAGAUGCCGUUCCAGGGCCUGGUGCCUCAGUCGCCCCCUCAGCAGAACAUCCAGCCAAAAAAACAGGAGCUGCGGGCGGCGUCGGUGGUGCAGGGGCAGCCGCUGGGCGCGGGCAAGGAGGAGAAGCUGCACCCGCACUCGCACUCGCCCGUGAUCCGCACCGAGACCUUCAGCCCCCCUGCGCCAGGAGCCCCCAAGGGCCACCCCGAGGGCAUCAAGGCGGCCCCGCACCUCCCGCAGCGUGAGUGGGGCCGGAAACACCGAAAAUAAACAAAAACACCCAAAAAAUCCCGUUAGAAUAGCAUUGAACAUCGUGGGGAAAGAGAAGAACACAAAAAAAUCCCAUUAAAAUUCCAUGGAGUGUCAUGGGGAAAGAGAAGAACGCAAAAAAAUCCCAUUAAAA